UCAGUAGCUACUGACUCGUGUACUGAUAGUGGCUUGCCGGAGGACUUCACCUGGCUAAGAGCUACCUGCGCGCGUUAGUCCGAUCAGUACUGCCUAGCAGUCGCAGAAGGGCAUAUCGCGGACGUGCGCAAACAACCUGAAACGGAUAAUACGAGUGGUCCGGUGCUUUCGUUGAUGCAUUUUGUUGAGCCGGGUAGGGGGGAGAUUUGAUUUGGCGCAAUGAGCCAUAAGCCGCUACCGAACGGCGGUUAUCAUCGACCGUCGCGUGGUAGCAGAGGUGGCGAGGAUCACUUUGAUUAUGUCAAUCGGCACCUGUUGGAGGAGGGAGACAAAAUACCGUAUGUCGAUUCCGCGGACGAAGAUGACGAGAACGACGACGACGACACCGGCGACGGUGGAGGUGGAACCAGUGGGAACGCAUCUGAUUCCGAAGAUGACGAAGACGAUGUGAUGACCGAGAGUCAGGAGAACCUGGCGAUGGCUUACGUAAAUCGGUACAGAAUGCCGUCGUUGGCGGAGCGUCGAAAUCAGGAGAAGUUAACUGUUGCGAUAGAACACGAGAGGAAUCCUCCCGGACGUGUUCUUUUGGAGGAAGCCAAAGAUAAGCAUACCGAACUUAAGAGCAUCCAGGAAAGGGCGGUUGGACUACGGCGGAACUCCAUCUCGAUGCCAACCUUGACGACGGACGAUAUGGAAGCUUUGCAUCAGAAUAGGAAAGAUGAGCAGGAGAGUACUAUAUUGGUUUUGGAGAAUCAAAGCAUAAGCACAGAGACAACAGUAACUCCGUCAGAAACGCCAAGCACACCGAUUAGUUUGAAGCCGAUGUUACAGUAUGAAGACGAAAGUGAAGAAGAGGAGAAGCCAAAAAGUCCAAAGCAUCUCUUCCGGAGCAGACGUCGAGGAUCGAUUGCACCGCUGCCGGCCUUGAGGCUCAACGAUAAGGAAAUGAUGGCGAACGACUUCGACACGCAGAGUGUGCUGAGCAAUCAGAACUCUAUCACCAGCGUCAACUCGCUGGCCAGCUUGCUCAAGGAGAAAAUGCAGAACGUUCCGGCUAUGAUACGCAAGAAAAGACGCGAAACCAAAGACUACAAACUGCGCGUCUUUGUCGGCAUGCUGUUUCUUAUCAUCGUGUUUCUCGUCGGCUAUGCUUACAUCAUGUACAACCAGAAACUGCUGGCCAAAUCGUACUUCGAGUCCGUGAAGCUGCACAAGAUAACGCGAGCCUUUCGCAUUCUGGAUCCGAAAGGAAAUGAUUUGCUCACUGGGACACUCGGUGUGAAGAGUUACGUCGAAAAACCGUACAACUGUUUGCCGGAGGAUUUACGGGACGAUGGAAGUCUUUGCUACGAGUGGAACUCGAUGGCAAGGCUGUACAUGAAUUCGGUGAAAACUACCUCGCCAGAUAUUAAAUGCUACAGUUUUAGUUGGCACACGCUGACAAGCAACUACUACCCCACGGACUGCUUUGAUAUUGGAGAGGAUCGUGGUUAUUGGUAUGGGGGUGGUCUGACAAACGGAUUCGAUUAUCCCUUGGGCAAGGCAUCCUUUGAUUUCGCUCCAUUCGUAACUGGAGACAUCAACACUCAAGAGUGGGGUAACGCUGUAAAGAGAUACUUUCUGAACUCGAAAGGUAUUGCGAUUCGCGUGGAUGACAGAACGCCGCUUUACGUUAGCAUCAAUAAGGAUUCCAAUAGCCGAUUCUGUUUGCAAGGCAGAAACGACAAUUUCGCUUUCGUGAAUAGAUUAACGAAGUAUCCUCAACUGAGCUACCAGAUAUGUACCGGUCCGGAUAUGAAAACGUUGCAUAGUGCACUUACGCAGAAGAGUUUAUGGGAUGGUUUGACGGAAAAUGACAAUACUAUCAUAAAGUCUCUGCUAAGGGAACCGGUUUGGCAAAUUCCUGCCGCUAGUCAGGACGAACUGACGGAGACUGCCAUUUACAACUAUACGGAAAACGUGAUCAUGUCUGGUUAUCUGCGUCUUGGGCAUGUUUUCUUGAACGAAUUCUGGCAGAAGCAUAUCGGAGAUUUCACACUCGAUAGCGAUCGUUUUCCUACACUGGAAGAUACGGUGAACAUCCUCCACCGGAGAGGAUUUCGAAUCUCACUUUCCAUUCAGCCAUUUAUUAGUACCGAAAGUGCUAACUUUCUGGAAACAGUAUCUCAGAAGCUACUAAUCCACGAACGGGAAUCCGAUCAAAGCAUUCCGGCAUUGACUCGGUACAAGAGCCUUGCCAGCGCCGGUGUCAUAGAUAUUACCAAUAAUGAAACAGUUUCUUGGUUGAAGGAUAAACUCAAAAAAAUUACAGAAAGCAUAGGAAUUGACUCGUUUUACGUAGAUUUUGGAAACGCUUUCAACAUACCACGGUAUUACCAGUGUUCCAGCAUGCUGGAUAACCCAGACCAAUACAAAACUACCUUCAUGAAUCGCUUUGAAGGUAACGUGAACAUCUUCGGAGUAUCAAGUGCCAUUUCCGUCCCACGCCCUCCAGCUUUCCUUAGCUUACCUCCCGUCAACAGCUCCUGGAGUGGUCUCCAGAAUAUCAUCCCUACGCUGUUGUCCUACGGUGUCAUUGGAUUCCCAUUUAUAAUGCCGGGACCGGUGGGAGGCGAUUUCCUUCUACCAACCGAAAAGCUAAAGAAAAUGUACUCAUUUUAUCCUCUACCGAGCCCUCCACUUCCGGAGGUGGAACUGUACAUCCGAUGGUUACAGCUGGCUACUUUUCUGCCAGUUCUUCGCUACACACAUCUACCGUCCGAAUAUAAGAAUGAUUCGGUCACUGAAAUUGCCAAGGAAUUGUCGAAUAUUCGACAGCAAACCGUUGUUCCGUUACUGGAGAAGUACUCCAGUGUCGCGAUGGACGAUGGGCUGCCAAUCAUUAGGCCGCUCUGGAUGUUGGAUUCGACGGACGUGAAUUGUCUGUUCAUCGACGACGAGUUCUCGAUAGGGGAUGGCAUGAUCGUAGCGCCGAUUCUGUACCGGGCGGAUACCAGCCGUGAAGUAUACCUACCUCAAGGCGUUUGGAAGGAUGGUAUCGAUGGAUCCUUGCGUAAGGGAAGCCGCUGGAUUCACAACUAUCACGUGCCCCAGAACAAGGUGGCAUACUUUGUCAAAAUGCCCGACAACACACGAUUCUAAGUCACAUUCCAACCUCAAGUAGCCAGUCGAAACAGUCUCAACGAAGUUCUUUCAUCAAAUGGAAGCGUCGUAAGGUGUAAGAGAUUUCAUAUUUAUUUAUCUGAUGUUGUUCGUAUUGUCUUGCUUAGGUCGUAAUUUAGUAUUAAAACAUGCAAUAAAAGCAAGCAUUUUGUUUCCGGGGUCUUAGCAACUGAGCCACCCUAAAGCAGUACAUUUAAAAAUACACUGUAAAUAUAUAAGUUUUAAAACCUCA